AAAAUUAUGUCAAAAUGGCUUCGAUUUUCGAUUCGUAGAGUUGGACUAAAAUUUUAGUGGUGUCCAUUGUCGAAAACUAUAAUUUGUCGUGGAUUGUAACCGGCAUCAAAGAUAUUUAUAUUCUCCGUGUCCGACUGUUACGGAUUUUGUUUAUCAAUUAUCAUAUAUCCAUUAAAGUUAAUGUUUUUUGAUUUAAAAAAUGGUAGAACCUGGCAGAGUUAACAUGUCAACUUGUCGGAUAUGUUUGUCGAACAAGAGACCACUGUGCCCCCUUUUCAGAUACGAAUUAUCUGGAAACUAUGCAGAAAUGCUUACUGCAAUUGCAAACGUUAAGGUUGCGUCAAACGAUGGUCUACCAGAAAAGAUUUGCAACAAAUGUUGUACAUCAUUAGAAAAGGCCUAUCUUCUCAAAACUGUUGCAGAAAGAUCAGAUCGUGAGCUUAGAAAACUACGUGUGCGAGCUAGCAAAAAUGUGGCAACUAAAAAGAUUGCCUUUGAUUCAUUCACUGAUAUAAAAAGUGAAAUAGGACCGCUGGUUAUAAAAAAUGAACCAAAAUGGGAAAUGGAAAUAGAUACGUCCAGACAGACAAACAUUGAAACUGUGGAAGCUAAAGACAUAGUCAUUGCUGACACUGUUAUAAGAAAGGUAGAAACAAAUGAAUCAAAAAGCAAUAACAAUUUAGAUACUGAUAAUGACUUUUUUGAUGACGAUGUAUAUUUUGAUGACGAUGAUGAUGAUUAUGUGCCACCAACAGAGAAACUUAAAACCAAGUUCAAGAAACCAAAAUUGUCUGAGAUUAAGGUUUUCAAGGGCAAGAAACCAAUUGUAAGAAAAGUGAAAGUUAUAAAACAAUACAAGCAAGAACCAUAUGAUGAACCUAGCGCUAUUGUUAUUGAUGACAAAAAAUCAACCACUAUAACAUGUUAUCCAAUAAUGAAAAACGGUGCAAAAGGCCCAGCGAUCCUGCUGAGAAGACCAAAAGAUGCAACAAUAUUAAAAGUCCAUCCAAAUUACAAAAACCGGGGUGCAUCAAAAUCUGAAUACAGAGGAAUCAAACGUGAGAACAUAAGAAGAGUGAAAACCUCAAAACCUAUAACAAAGGAAAGAGAAAAGCUUGUCUGUCCUGUGUGUGGUAUAUUGACAUAUACUCUUGGAAACCAUAUAGCUACUCAUGAAGAAAAGAAGAAAUACACCUGUACUGAAUGCCCAAGAUCAUUUGUACAAAAAAGUAAUUUGCUGAUUCACAUGAAGCAACAUUCAGGAAUCAAAGAUCAUAUUUGUGAAAUCUGUGGUGCAGGAUUUUAUACACAGAAGUCUUUAGUUAGGCAUAACCUCAUCCACAAAGGAGAGCGUCCGUAUCAGUGCAACUUAUGUUCGAAGAAAUUUAUUGCACGGUGUGAUCUGAACCGCCACCUGCGCAUCCACGCCGGCUACAAGCCGUACAAGUGCGCCACCUGCGCGAUGUCCUUCAACGCGAAGCACCAGCUGCAGAACCACGAGCGGAUGCACACCGGAGAGCGACCCUACACUUGUGAAGUGUGCAGCGUAGCCUUCAGUUACAAAGUGAACCUUAACAACCACGUAUUUAAAGUGCACGGCAUCAACUUGAAGUUCAAAUCGAUACACACAGUGACGGAGGACAUCCUGCGCAAGGAGUUGGGCCUGAUGACGGAGGCCGGGGAGGCCAUCGCCCACAUCAUGCCGCAGCUGAGCGACGUGCCCACGCCCGGCGCUCACGAGACCGUGCACCACACCACGGACUAUAACUCUUGAAUCAUCACUAUCGGCCUAGAAAACUUUUUCAUUCAUAUUAAGAGCCUCAAUAGCUCAAACUCAUCACCGAGGAGUGGUGGUUAAAUCCCCGCCCCGUUGGUCUAUUGUCGUACCCACUCCUAAUAGUCUUUACUGACUAGUUGGAGGAAAAGGAUAAUAUUGGUCAUAUUUAAAAAAAAAAUUACAAGUCCAUUCAAGAUUGCAUCAUCACUGAGAUUUGAGAUUGAGAUCGGCUUGUAAAAAAAAAUUUACACGUUAAAACCAAUGACCAGUUUGUCCAGUUGUUAGCUAUGUGGUUCUGGGUCUGAUGGAAACUUCACCUACAUUUUUUUUUAUUCUUUACAAGUAAGAACUUGACUAUAAUCUCACCGGUAAUAGUAGGGGAGCCCGGGAUGCUAAAUUUGCAGUUACUACAGCGUCAUUGGAAUCAAUUAGAUUUGAGAGAUUAGAUGAUCGAAAGAAUGAAUGGUUAUAUAUUUUGUUUGCUUUCAGCGGUGGGGAAUAAAACUACAGAUUUUAAAGACAAUUGGCUAAAUGAAAUCUCUAGAAAACAUGAGCAAUUAUUCAGGAGAUUAUUUCAUUCAAAAUAAGUAAAAAAUUAACCGCGUUAGGGCUGGAUAACAAGAAUGUAAGAGUUUUAUUUUGUAACUUUGUGACCCUUCCAUUCCAUUACGUUACACUCAAAUCGGCAGUUUUUCGAAAUGCACACCUUUAAGCUAUCAACUUAAACGUACCCACCAAUAUUAAGGGCUCAUACUUGGUGGAGGUACUGAACAGCGUGCAAGGUAUAGUCCCUUAUGUUUAUCUGCCGCGCUCGAGUAACUGCAAAUUCCCCUCUUUGGCUCCUAUACUAUAAGAUGUAUAAUUUACUCUUUUCAGUUGUAUUACAUUUAGUUGCUAUUUUUGUUUUGUUUUUAAAUUUUCUGUGCCUAGUGUGUAUUAUAAACGUUACUUCGAAUACCUGUUUUGUUUUAAAAAAAACAAAAAUUAGCUUAUGAUUUGGUAUUGAAUGUCUAUGUUGUUGUAAAAUAUGCUUGGAUUUGUUUUGUGCAGUGAAGUGCAUAAUUAUUAUCUUGUUUUAUCAAUAAGUUGUAAAUACUUAGUCUUCAAAGUUAAAUAAAUGAUUUUAUUUAA